CUGUGGCUCUCACAGUCAGGGAGUGUCGUCGUGGAAGCGGGUCGCUCCUCCACACCAGACUCCUUCUAUGCCUCCGCGCCGGAGGAGCAAGGAGGACCACCGCCUCUGUUUCUCCCCCUUCGCCGCGGACGCACGGAUAGCAGCCGCGCCACGCCUGGGAAGAUGGUUUUUCUGCUGCACAUGGUUUCCCUUUACACCCUGAGCGUCUUUGGCGGAGCGUCCGCCGCCACUCACCAUAACUGCAACGGUCCCCUGGCGUCAGCGUUGCCCCAUUCAUCCUUUCAGAGCUCCUCUCAGUCCUCCGUCAGAUACGCCGCGUACAAUGGCAAACUCAACAGAAGAGAUGGAGCAGGAGGCUGGUCCCCCAUGGUGACUGAUCAAGAGCCCUGGCUCCAGGUGGACCUCAGGGAGCAGUUGGAGGUGACAGCUGUGGCCACGCAGGGGCGUUACGACAGCUGGGACUGGGUCAGCAGUUACCUGCUGCUCUACAGUGACACGGGCCGGGCCUGGAAACAGUACAGGCACGAGGACGGUGUCGGGAGGUUUGUCGGGAAUGUGAAUUCCGAGGCGGUCGUCCAGAACAAGCUGUCCCACCCGGUGAGGACACGCUUCCUGCGUUUCGUCCCUCUCGACUGGAACCCCAGCGGCUGGAUGGGCCUCCGGGUGGAGGUGUACGGCUGCUCCUACAAGUCAUUUGUGGCAGACUUUGACGGCAGAAGCUCGCUGCUGUACCGGUUCAACCAGAAGUCCAUGUCGACGGUGAAGGACGUGAUCUCCCUGCGAUUCAAGAGCCAUCAGGCCGAGGGCGUUCUGCUGCACGGAGAGGGGCAGCGAGGGGAUUACAUCACGCUGGAGCUUCACCGAGGAAGACUGGACCUCUACCUCAACUUAGACGACAGCCGGCUGAGAUUCAGCAGCGGCCGCGUUGCUGUCACUGUGGGCAGCCUGUUGGACGACCAGCACUGGCACUCGGUGCACAUGGAGCGCUUCAACAAGCAGGUUAACCUCACGGUGGACUCCCACACACAGCACUUCCAAACCAAGGGAGAAGGACACUCGCUGGAGGUGGACUACGAGCUGAGUUUCGGAGGCAUCCCGCUGCCUGGUAAGCCCGGCACCUUUCUGAGGAAGAACUUCCACGGCUGCAUGGAAAACCUCUACUACAACGGGAUCAAUAUCAUAGACCUGGCGAAGAGACGCAAGCCACAGAUUCACAGUGUGGGCAACGUGACCUUCUCGUGCUCGCAGCCCCAGCUGGUGGCUUGCACCUUCCUGAGCUCCAGCAGCAGCUUCCUGUCGCUUCCGUCCGCGGCAGCUGCCGCGCGGGGCGUCUCCGUCCGCUUCCAGUUCAGGACGUGGAACCCAGAUGGGCUGCUGCUGUCGGCGCCCCUGAACCCGGAGCCCCAGAGACUGGAGCUGCGGAUCAGCGGCGGCCAACUGCACCUGACCCUCCGCGGCGCGGGACAGCAGAAGUCAGAGGGCUCCACCGGUCUCCGAGUCAGUGACGGACUGUGGCACUCGGUGAGCCUGGACGCCGGGAGUCUCCAGGUCACGCUGGCUGUGGACGGCGAGCCGAGCUCCACCACCGAGCUGUGGGAGCCGGCGGAAUUGAGAGGCAGCUUUUAUUUCGGAGGCUGCCCCGCCGCCGACUGUCAGGCCGCCGCCCCGAGCUUCCAGGGCUGCAUGCGGCUCGUGCUCGUCAACGGCCAGCCCACCAAUCUCAGCCACGUGCAGCAAGGCCUGCUGGGAAAUUACAACGCGCUUCAUUUUGACACGUGCAACAUGAGAGACAGAUGCCUUCCCAACCUGUGCGAGCACGGGGGCCGCUGCUCGCAGACGUGGAGCUCCUUCGCCUGCGACUGUGCGGGAACGGGAUACUCGGGAGCGACCUGUCACAACUCCAUCUACGAGUCGUCCUGCGAGGCCUACAAGCUGAUUGGCAGCUCGUCGGGCUUCUACUCCAUCGAUCCAGACGGCAGCGGCCCCCUGGGGCCCGCGCAGGUGUACUGCAACAUGACAGAGGAGAAGGUGUGGACGGUCGUGAGCCACAACAUCACGGCGCCGGUCACGGUCCUGGGCUCGUCGCCCCUGAAGCCUCACGUGGCGACGUUCAACUACAGCGCCUCGGCCGAGCAGCUGCGCGCCAUCGUGUCGGGGUCGGAGCAGUGUCAGCAGGAAGUGGUGUACGGCUGCAGGAAGUCCCGUCUCUUCAACACGAAAGAUGGAAGUCCGCUGUCCUGGUGGCUGGACCGCGACGGGGAGAGGCGGAGCUACUGGGGCGGCUUCCUGCCCGGCGUCCAGCAGUGCUCCUGCAGCCUGGAGGAGAACUGCGCCGACAUGAACUACUUCUGCAACUGCGACGCCGACGCCGACGCUUGGGCUAAUGACACGGGCAUCCUCUCCUACAAGGACCACCUACCAGUCAGCCAGAUCGUCAUCGGAGACACCAACAGAACGGGCUCGAGGGCCGUCUACCACAUCGGCCCUCUGCGUUGUUAUGGAGACAAGUCCAUAUGGAACGCGGCGUCCUUCUACCAGGAGUCGUCCUACCUCUACUUCCCCACCCUGCAGGCGGAGCUCUCCUCCGACGUGUCCUUCUACUUCAAGACCAGCGCUCCGUCGGGCGUGUUCCUCGAGAACCUGGGCCUCAAAGACUUCAUCCGGGUGGAGCUCAGCUCUCCCUCGGUGGUGACGUUCUCCUUCGACGUGGGCAACGGCCCGGCGCUGCUCUCCGUCAAGUCCCACCUGCCGCUGAACGACAGACAGUGGCACUACGUGCGGGCGGAGCGCAACGUGCGCGAGGCCUCGCUGCAGGUCGACCAGCUCCCGCUGCGCUUCCUGGAGGCGCCGGCCGACGGCCACCUGCGCCUGCGGCUCAGCAGCCAGCUGUUCAUAGGGGGAACGGCGUCCCAGCAGCGAGGCUUCCUGGGCUGCAUCCGGACGCUGACGGUGAACGGCGUGGGCUUCGACCUGGAGGAGCGGGCCCGGAUGACGCCGGGCGUGAGCUCCGGCUGCCCCGGCUACUGCAGCGGCUCCAGCAGCCUGUGCCACAACAGGGGGCGGUGCGUGGAGAAGAGCAACGGCUUCAUCUGCGACUGCUCCCAGUCGGCCUACGGGGGGACCACCUGUAACCAAGAGGUGUCGGUGUCCUUCGACCGCGAGUCCUCCGUGACCUACACCUUCCAGGAGCCGUUCUCCGUGAUGCAGAACCGCAGCUCGCAGGCGACCAGCGUCUCGGCGGAGAGCAGCAGCCGCGCCAGGGAGGACGUCGCCUUCAGCUUCGUGACGGCGCAGCGGCCGGCCAUGCUGCUGACGGUCGGCACCUUCAGCCGCCAGUACAUCGCCGUCGUCCUGGCCAAAAACGGGAGUCUGCAGAUCUGGUAUCACCUGCAGACGGACCGGAGUCCAGACGUGUUCAGCCCCGUGCUCAGCAACCUGGCAGACGGACGACUCCAUCGCAUCCGGAUCCACAGAGUCGGCAAGAACCUCUACGUCCAGAUCGACCAGGACAUCCACAGAAAGUACACGCUGUCAUCCGAUGCAGAGCUGAUCCUAAUCAGAUCCUUGACAUUGGGCAAAGUCACCCGGAGGGAGAACCUCGACGAGGAAGUGACGCAGGCGGCCUCCAAGGGCUUCGUCGGCUGCCUCUCCUCGGUGCAGUUCAACCACGUGGCGCCGCUGAAGGCGGCGCUCACCAACCGCGGAAGCUCGCUGGUCACCAUCCGCGGCCCGCUGGUCCAGUCCAACUGCGGAGCGCUGGCCGAGUCCACCUCGCACACGCUGCAAGACCAGGCAGUAACGGCCAAUAAAGACAAGGAGCAGCGUAACAAUGGCAACCAGAAGGAUCUGGCUGUGAUCGCAGGUGUGGUGACGGCCGUGGUCUUCAUCGCCGUGUGCGCCCUGGCUGUGAUGAGCCGCCUCCUCUACCAGCAGCGUCAGGCCCAGAGGAACGACGGCGGCGGCGGCGGCGGCGGCGGCGGCGGCAUCAAAGAGGAGCACAGACACAGCGUGUACACGGACUACAGGACAGAGCUGCAGCUCCACAACACAAUCAGGGACAACAUGAAGGAGUACUACAUCUGAAGGCAGCGUGCGCCCUCGGGCCCUAAGUGGGCAGAAACAUACCUCCCUCUCUCUCUCUCUCUCUGUCUCUCUCUCUCUCUCUCUCUCUCUCUCUCUCUCUCUCUCUCUCUCUCUCUCUCUCUCUCUCUCUCUCUCUCUCUCUCUCUCUCUCUCUCUCCCUCUCUCUCUCUCUCUCUCUGUCACGAAAAGGACGCGCCGCCGCAGCAUUUUCUGACCACUUAGCAUCUCUGUACGAGUACGAGGCGAGUCGGCGGAUUCUUUACCGCCGUUAAGUGUUUUUGAUGUCGGUGAAACUGUCCCCCAAUCGAGCCGCUGUGGUUUCUGUCGUGGCAAAAAAAAAGAAAAAAAAAAAAAAGUGUAAAAGCAAAAAUGGGACGGUUUGGACGGAGGGACGCCGCGAGCGCCGGGGCGGCGAGCGGACGCUCCGUGUACGUGGACGCUGCGCACAACCGAUGAAGGUGUUUGGAACCCUUCGAAUGCUGGAACAUUUUCCACAGUUCGGCGGCACUACAUCGUCCUCGCAGGUCAGGAGGCGUCGGCCGGGCUUGUAAGAUAUGCGCGCGUUCGCUUUGUUUAUUUCUGUUAUUUGUUUUUUUUGGGGUUUGUUUUUCCGGUGGUGGUGAAUGUUAAAGAAGAAGAAGAAGAAGUAAAGGGGGACAAUACUGCCUAUACUGUAUGAGUGCCUAAUUUGCAUAUACAACUUUUUUUUUUUAUUAUUAAUCCUCAACAUUUUUAGAAGUUCCCCGUGUGAUUUGCACAAACGGCAGUUUCAUUUACACACAGAGGUUUGAGUUCUGCCGCCGCACAGAAUAAAAAAACAUUUUAAAAAAAAAAGGGAAAAAACGGCGGGAUUUUUCCAAGUCUCUCACAACAUCUUUUUCCCAACGCUCCGUUGCUGAACGUCGCCAUCGGAGACUGACGAACCUUCAAAAGGCCCCAAAUGAUGCCGGGACGUCCUCCUGUCGACUCGACGCGCUUCAAGUGUUUCAGGCGGUGUGCACCAAGUCAUAGCGAAUAUUUAUUUGAUGUCUUUUUUUAUAUAUAUAUAUAUAUAUAUAUAUAUAUAUACAUGUGUUUCUUUCUGUCUUUUUCUUUUUUUGUAUUAUUUUUCCAGCACAUGACAAAAUAAAUAAAAACAAUUGUGUGUAUAUUGUACCAUGAGAGUAGCAGAAAUAAGAAAUUAGAGGAGAGGAUUAUAGUAUCUAAAAUUUAAACAGAAGUACUUUACACUGAUAUGAACGAGAAGUGGGGUUUUCAUCAGUCCGUCGCGGCCCAACAACAGCAUGUACACACACCGUCCCAUAUACAGCUGUAGGAACAUGUCAGUUCUGUAUCAUAUGUACAGGAAGUGCAGCCGGUUCAACAGAAACGAAUUUGUCCUGCAUAUUUUUUUAGCAGCCUGUACGUUUUCCGGUGCUUGUAAUUCCGCGGGGAGCUCCGGGGGGGCAAGUGGAGUGAGUUCGUACCACUGUUCAAGGUCUUGGUUCUUUUCGCGCAAUCGCUGGCUCAGUGAUAUGCAAAGACCCAAGAGGGAAAGUGUAUUUAUUUAUGUUUAAUUAUUAAAAAAUUUUUGCAGCGUUGGACCGUCUGCCGUCAAUAUUUCCUUGGAAACUGAACGGACCUGUGUCGACCCCAGUGCAAAUCAAACUUGGGAGCAGAGACAACAGUUGAGUUUGUCCAUUGUCUGCGCUGCGGGCUUCUUUUCUUUUCUUUUUUCUUUUUUUCGCAACCCCAAAAAAAAAAAAGGCCUGACAUACAUUUUUAUUUAUUUUGUGACAUUAUGGAUUACAGGGAUUCGUGGUGGUUUUCUAUAUAUCGCAACCUUUUUUUAUAUCCUCUACAUGUAUCUCACACUGGUGGAAACGUAUAAGAACAAACACCAGACGUGGUGGGAAAAAAAAGUCUAGAGCCCCCUAGAGGUCCGGAGAGAACAUUACACCGGCCGAAAGCAAAAUCAAAAGCAUGGAUUUUUUUUCUUAUACAUCCUUACCACUAGAGCUGAUGAAUGGAACAUGCAUUUAUAUAGCGCUCACGUUCAUUCAUUCACUCACUCCUUCAUAUCUACUUUCUCUAAACCACACACACACACACAGACGGUUCACCGAGGGCAAUGUUUGGGGUUCGGCGUCUUCCCGUUGGACACUGGAGGGGCCGGGGUCUUCGAACCACCGACCUUCCCGGGAUAAGCGAUGUCAGCUGGUCGUCCUCUGGCCUCAGCUGCUCCGAGGCAGGUUAACUUUGAGGUUAACACACGGGGGACGACAGCAAUGGGGCAAUUGUUUUUUUCCUUUUUAAGUAUCCUGUCAUGUGCUAAAGUGUUGGACAAGUCGUUAUAAAUCGUCCUCUCUCGGGAUCCUUAAUGUCUGUACAAAAACCUGGAGGGAAAGAAAUCGGGCAAAAGUUUUCCGACCCACCGCGCCGAUGAACUGACUGGAUGAAAAAGGCUGACAGAAACAAUAUCGCCCCUCCCGUGGAGCCCUCCCCCACCGCUGCCAUGGCUGAAGAUCGUGGCCCAAAAAGGUCGCGGGGCCGGAUGCGGCCCGGGCCCGAUCUGUGCAUGUCCUUGUAAACUUAGGUAUGUCUCACAACGUGAUAGUCUGCAGAUCUCCAGAAUGAAUACAUACCUCUCCGAGGGUUUAGGUCCUAUCGCAAUGGGUAAUAUCGUGUGGGUACUUCUUAAUGAUUUGUAUAGCUGCAGUUUUAUUAAGGAUCUAUUGUAUAGAUGUAUAAUUUAAUAAUAAAAGUGAAUAUAUUGUUAA